CGUUACAGAAUAACUGAUUUUCAAAAAAAAAUCCUUUUUAAGGAGCACUGGACCCGCGAAAAGCACUCUGACCAUUAAUCGGACCCGAAAUAACAGCGGAGGCCUUCCGCCCAGACAACUAAGACCAAGAAGAACAAACAGCUCCAUUGUCCAUGGCAAUUAGGGUUAGGGUUUCGUUUCUACCCUCGUGUUCUCUCCUGAAAAUGGUCGUUCCCCUCUGAAACCCUAAUUCAACUGAAAAGGCAGGUAUCUAAAGCUUACCGACACUCAGAUCUUCUCUUGGGAUGGAAAUGGAGGGGCAGAUGACGGAGGGAGGAGGGGAAGGAGAGACUAUGGAUAACGGGAACAUCUCCAAUGCCACAUCAAACAACAAAGAGACUAGCGAUGCGAUCCAUGAGUUGAUAGAUCUAAUUGAGUCCCUCGGCUUGUUCCCGGAUUACCGCAAAACACAGAAAAGGGAAUGCCUUAACCUCGUCAGGCGGAUGAAGCUGUUAAUACCUCUGUUAGAAGAGAUAGCCGACAUUGCUUCUCCACUUCCGGACGAGGCUUCUACGUGUUUGUGCAACAUAAAGAAAUCGCUUCUUUCGGCAAAGAAAUUGUUAAAGACUUGUCAUGAUGGGAGCAAAAUUUAUCUGGCAUUCGAGAGCGAGGCGAUCGUGGGUAGAUUUCAUUCCAUUUAUGACAAAUUAUAUCAGUCUUUGGAUAGCAUGCCUUAUAAAGAGCUGGGAAUCUCAGAUGAAGUGAAAGAGCAAGUUGAGCUAAUGCGGGUACAACUUAAAAGAGCAAAGAGACGAACAGAUACUCAAGAUAUAGAGCUUGCAAUGGAUAUGAUGGUUGUAUUCUCUAAAAAUGAAGACCAGAAUGAAAACCGCAAUGCAGACAGCGCCAUACUAGAAAGAUUGGCAAUCAAGCUCGAGUUGCACACUAUCUCAGAUUUAAAAGCAGAAACUGCAGCUGUAAGAAAACUUGUUAAAGAAAGAUCUGGGCAAAAUGCAGAAAGUAUUCAACAUGUUAUUGAUCUAUUGAGCAAAUUUAAGCAAAUUGCUGGGGUUGAAGAAAACAUUCUUGAUGAACCUGUUUUGCCAAGAUCUUUUCAGAAGUGCCCUUCCUUGGCAAUUCCUCAUGAAUUCCUUUGUCCCAUCUCACUGGAGAUCAUGACAGACCCCGUUAUUAUAGCAACUGGACAGACUUAUGAAAGAGAAAGCAUACAGAAGUGGCUGGAUUCCAACCACCGGACCUGCCCAAAGACGGGGCAGAUUUUAUCUCAUUUGUCUCUUGCACCAAACUAUGCCCUCCGCAACCUUAUUUUGCAGUGGUGUGAGAAGAACAAUUUUGAAUUGCCUAAAAAGGAUGCUCCUGCAAGCUCUCAAAGCUCCUAUGCUGAACAGAAGGAAGAAAUCUCUUCCUUGGUUAAAAACCUGUCCUCAAGCCAACUGGAUGUGCAGAGAAGGGCUGUUGCAAAAAUCCGUUUGCUUUCCAAGGAGAAUCCUGACAACAGAAUCAUGAUAGCAAGUUGUGGAGGAAUUCCUCCUCUAGUUCAGCUUUUAUCCUAUCCAGAUUCCAAGAUCCAAGAGCAUACUGUCACAGCUCUGCUUAAUCUAUCAAUUGAUGAAGCAAACAAGAGAAUCAUUUCCAGAGAAGGAGCCAUUCCAGCUAUAGUUGAAGUACUGCAGAAGGGGACCGUUGAGGCUAAAGAGAAUUCUGCAGCAGCUUUAUUCAGUCUAUCAAUACUUGAUGAGAACAAAGUGGCAAUUGGAUCUGCAGACGGCAUUCCACCCUUGGUAGAUCUCUUGCAAAAUGGGACCAUAAGGGGUAAAAAAGAUGCUGCAACCGCACUUUUUAAUUUGUCACUCAACCAAACAAAUAAGGUGAAAGCCAUUAAAGCGGGUAUUGUAAAACCAUUGCUUCAGUUAGUAGAAGAUAAAAACUUGGGUAUGGUUGAUGAGGCCCUCUCAAUCUUGUUUCUACUUGCAUCUCACCCUGAAGGGAGAAGUGUGAUUGGACAACUCUCUUUCAUUGAAACUUUAGUUGGAAUCAUCAAAGAUGGGACCCCCAAGAACAAGGAGUGUGCCCUUUCAGUUCUUCUUGAGUUGGGAUUGAACAACUCAUCAUUCAUUUUAGCUGCACUUCAGUAUGGAGUGUAUGAACAUUUAGUAGAACUUGUGAAGUCUGGAACCAAUAGGGCCCAAAGGAAAGCAAAUUCCCUUUUGCAGCACAUGAGUAGGUGUGAACAGAUAUGAAGUACCAAAGGAUUAGAUUUUCAGGUUGUUGUAGCUUGCAUCUCAGGUUGAACUGCUGGUGUGGAGUCUCUACUUGUACUACAUGUUGUUGGAGGUAUACAUCAAUAUCUGUUACAUGUUCUUCUUCCAUAGAUGUAUUCUAUACCUACUAGGACCCAGCAUUUUUCCAUGUUAAUAUUUGUGAAUCCCCACCAGGUUUAUAGUAUAUAUUUACUGGGAAAAAAUGUCAUACAUGUGCUUACUAAAAUAUGUAUUAAGGUAUGGUGUAAAACAAGAAUUCUAUCAAAAGAGAGCCAUAUACAAUGACAACUAUUAAUAACUGAUCUAUGUUGUUAAGUCAUUGUGGUGUAUUCA